UGUCUUACUUAACAUCUGUUCAGAGGAAUUACUGUGAUAAAGUUUGUAAUCAAAUGAACAGUUCUCUUAAAAAGUGUACACUCACCAUUCAGCCAUUCGUUUAUAUUGUGAUAAUCACUGUGUUAUUGACUUCAGUUUGCCUUUAUUUUGCUUAUACUGACUCCAAUCAACACAGUGCUGGAUUUUCGUACAUCUCAGAAAACUCUACGGAUAACCUUCAGUGGAUAGUAUCCAGACAUCCUGCGGGUGCGAAGCCAUUCAUCAAAUUGCUGCUACCUGAUGUUCUUCCAGCAACCAUAAAUAAAGUUAUUAUUAUUGAUGUUGACAUGCUUUUUAAUGCUGAUAUUGUUGAGUUAUGGAAUCAUUUUGAAAACUUUCAAGGAACUCAGAUGAUAGGUAUGGCUGUAGAGCAAAAUCCUCAUUUCCAUUUCGUGAUGAAGAAACUGAUCAAAGAAUGGAGAGGCUACGGAUACAAUGGUGGAAUUUUAUUAUUUGAUCUGUUCAAACUACGAUCCAUCAUGUGGAAUGAAAUUUGGAUUAGUGUAACUGCUUACCUAAUGGGUAGUAAGGGUUAUUUAGAAACUGGGGAACAGGAUGUAAUGAAUAUGGUUGUAUUCAAGUAUGCAGACCUUCUAUAUGAAAUACCAUGUCAAUGGAAUGUUCAACUUAGUGCUGGAGCAGAUAUUACCAGGUGUCCAAUCAGCUGGUUAAGUCCGGUUGAAUUAAGAAAGAGCAAUUAUUCUACAAUUCACAAACAACCAAAACUUAUACAUUUUAACCAUCAUUCAAAGCCAGAAAAUAAAAAGAAUAAAAACUUGCGUCUACUAGAAAGAUCGGUCAGUCAGAUGUACUACUUUCAGAUUCUUAUAAUUCCGUCAUCUCGAAAAUCUAAUAUUCCUAUUACAAUAAAUUACUACAAAUUGGCGUCGCGAUGGAGCUAA